ACUUUUGGUUAUUGACAGACAAUACGUGUGGUGAUUUUUAACCCCGACUGGCAACCCUGUUACGCAUGUUGCUACGUCAUCCUGUCGCCUGAAGAAGAGGAAGAAAAAUGGAGGAAUAUGCACGUGAACCAUGUCCCUGGCGGAUAGUAGAUGACUGUGGCGGCGCAUUCACGAUGGGAGCCAUUGGAGGUGGGAUCUUCCAGGCGGUCAAAGGCUUCCGAAAUUCACCUGCUGGGAUGAACCACAGGUUGCGAGGGAGUUUGACGGCCAUAAAGACCCGGGCCCCGCAGUUAGGAGGCAGCUUCGCGGUGUGGGGGGGCCUCUUCUCCAUGAUCGACUGCGGGCUGGUGAAGGUGCGGGAGAAGGAGGACCCCUGGAACUCCAUCACCAGCGGGGCCCUGACCGGGGCCAUCCUGGCCGCCAGGAACGGGCCCGUUGCCAUGGUGGGCUCCGCGGCGAUGGGGGGCAUCCUGCUGGCGCUGAUCGAGGGUGCCGGCAUCUUGCUCACCAGGUUCGCCUCGGCCCAGUUCCCCACCAGCCCCCAGUUUGCAGAGGAGCCAGCGCCCAUGCCGGCCCCCUCGUUCGGGGACUACAGACAGUAUCAGUGAGGCCCCUCCCUCACCGCCUAGCCCUUUCCAAUUCCUCAACGAACUCAUGUUUCUUAUUGAAGUAUCACUGAAGGACUAUGGGAAAUGUAUGCAAGGACCAUGUGCACGGAAUUCCUCCAGGUUGUGGAAGCGAUGACAGAGCUCAGGAAGGCCACGUGCGGACUUCACUUCCUAAUUUAUUUUCCCGAGCCGUCGGCAGCAUCUGCCCCCAUCUGCCCCCAUCUGCCCCCAUCUGCCCCCAUCUGCCCCCAUCUGCCCCCAUCUGCCCCAUCUGCCCCCAUCAGCCCCCAUCUGCCCCAGUCUGCUUUCAGGCGUGUUUAUUUUGCCCAUGGUUCUCACCUAACCACUCUCAUCGUGCCGGUGAAGGAGACGGACCAGGAGAGGCGCCUGGCCUGGAGUUCGGCUAACGCAGCUGUAAAUAUUGCAGGCCGCCUGCUUGCAGUGUGCUCCUGGAUGCCAGCUAUGCUUCCAGCUUUUGGGCACACCCCUAUAAGUGGGCUGUGCUUUGAGCUUUUGGGCACACCCCUAAAAGUGGGCUGUGCUUUGAGCUUUUGGGCACACCCCUAAAAGUGGGCUGUGCUCCAUGCUUUUGGGCACACCCCGAUAAGUAUGACCCUAGCUCUUCACUCUGAGCUAUUCGGUGUACCCCCUGUAAGUAGGGUGCACUGACCAAGCAGCCCAAAACCGAAGGGGGGCACAGGUGUGCCUCCAUGGCAGUCGAACCCCUUGUUUGGGAGCUGUGUUGUAACUGUAGUGUGUUCAUGUGUUUUCAGUGGUUUGCCGUGUGGUCCGCGCACCGUAACGUUCUGCAUCGCUUGUCCCUGUUAUGGCGGCAGUCAAAAUGGCACCUUGAGCACUAUUGUGUUUUUAUGCAUGACAGAGAGGGAGCGUACAAUAUGUCCCGCAUACGGCUGAGCUUACAGGAUUUAAAAACUGAGCGCAGUUGUUUAUUGGGCACAGUGCUUGAAAUUAGUGCCUCAAGUCUGUGCAGAAUAAUUAAGAAAUGAAUGGUGCCACCUGUAGCCAGAGUGAUACCUUUGUAAAUUUGUGGUUAACGUCAACCAUUACAGCACGUUUUAUGUAAGGGUUGUGAUUUCUGAGCUCUGUAUCAUAAGUAUCUGUAAGGCCUGUUGGUGAGAUUGAGAAAUAUAAACCUAUUUAGUAAAAUAUAGAAAAUGGCA